AUGAAAUGCCCUCGAUGUCACCGUGAAAUGUCAAUUGAAGAAUAUCAUUCGAUUCUGAAAGCUCACACACAUAUCAAUUUACCAUUAGAAUUUACGUCUGUGUUUGUUCUGAAACAUCAUGAAGCAUUUCAUGCUGGAAUUUCAUGUUUAAUCAGUAAUAAAAAGAAAUUGACUUUCUUUGAAAAAGAUUAUCAUGAAAAACACAACGUAAAUCGUCCAGUUCUUCUUUGCUCAUCAACAAUAGAUUUUACGAAUGAAGAUCAUUGUGACGAUAAUCAUCGACAAAAUAUUUCUUUAAUGGAAAUGAAAACGAAUCAUGUUUAUGAAAAUCAACAAUUAUCAUUGUGGAUUGUAACACAACCUGAAUCGACAAAUACGGUUGAUGGGAAAAUAUAUAUGGUUGUUCGUGAUGAACUUCAUUUUCAUAUUCGUCUCGUGAUUAGUAAUUGGUCUUAUAUUAUACCAACAAACGAAUACAAAUCAAUCAAAGCAUUAUCUGAUAUUCUUCGUGAACUUUUACCUGUUGAUAGUAUGAUAAAAUUAUUAAAUCCAUUUUCAAUGACAUGUACUAUCGAUGGUCAACUUACACUUCGUUGUGAUGCACCAAAUAUCGAAUUAAUUUUAUCUGAACGAAUAUAUAAAUGUUUCGUACUUGAUAAACUUGACGAAUUACGUAAUCGUGGCAAUCAAGCAUAUAUUCGUGGUGACACCCAACUAGCGAUUGAUUAUUAUACAUUUGCUAUUAAUCGCAUUGUUACUAUGGCUGGAACGGUGAUGUCUAAUGAUAAUGAUUGUGAAUUGAAUUUAUUUCAAAAUGCUUUUCAACGUGAUCUAGCUCGAUUACAUUCAAAUCGUUCAGCAUGUUAUUUACGAGAACAUUUGUAUUCAUCUGCAAAGCUCGAUUCAAUGGUUGUUGUAACUGCUCACUUUUUCAAUCAGACGUACGAUGAUUUUUUUUUUAAAUGUCUCUAUCGUCUGAUGUGUGCUGACAUUGAAUUGCAAGAAUCGACAUUUUCACUUGAAGGACUUUUCGAUAAGUUAAAAAAUCUCACAACUAAUUUUGUUUUACGUUCGCAAUAUGAAACACAUUUUCAUGAUAUUCAAUCAGCAUUACCACGUUUAAAACAAGAAAAUCAACAUGGAGAAUAUAAUUUAAAACAAAUGUUCAAUAAUGAAUCUCUUGAUCAGAAAUCGUUUUUUGAUAUUCAUACGUUUCAUUUUAAAUUUUAUAAUGGUUCAUUAAUAAAGAAACGAAAGCAUGGUCUAUACGCCAAAUCAUCUAUUCCAUCUGGUACUUUACUUCUUGUUCAAGAUGCUUUUGAUUUUGUUAAGUCAGGUGAAGAUGAUGAACGACGAUUAUUAAAUGCAAUUGAAAAACAUUUAAUUAUGGCACCAACUCACUGGGAAUUCAAUCGACUUCGUUCUAUGCCAUUUAUCGAUGAAUGGUUUGAUAAAGAAACAGAUGCUGAAGAAGAUGAUUACGAAACAUAUCCAAACGUAAUACCGUGGAGUGUACUUGUUAAAAGUCAACAACAAAAUCCUUUUCGUACAAAAUUAUUCGUUGGUUGGUGGCCUGAAGCAUCUCGUUUCAAAGUAGCAGGUGAUAUAAAGCAAAACUCAAAUUGUCUCUGGUUUAUUUGUGAUAAAAACAUUUUCAUUUUCAGUUUUAUGCCAAUAAAUAAAAAUGAUGAAAUCAUUAUCGCACAUAAUAAUAAAAUAAGUUCGUUUCUCAAAGAAAAUCAAAAAACAUUUUCAUUUUUACUUGGCAAGAAAAAUCAAAUUCAACUUAAUGAAAUAUUUGACCAACUCAAAAAAACACAAAUUUAUUUUGAUAUAUGA